UGAGGACAACGCCAAGCGUUAAAUUGGUUAUUUAUUUUUCGAAUAAUUAUAUACUGAGCCAAAUGCUUGAACUUUAUACUCAAAAUUGAUUCAUAACCAACUUCAGGAUGGAAAUCGAAGCAUCUUAUUUUUAGGAGGCAUCUGCCAAAAGUUUCAGUUCUUGUGCACUUUCUAGCUUUGGUCGUAUUUGGUGGGGUGGUUUUAAAAUCCUAAAUGGCGAGUGAUACCUCGAAUUUGGACGAAAGGCGGCUGUGGAUUGGGAACCUGGACACACGGCUGACUGAGUAUCAACUACUGAAAAUUGCGCAAAAAUGCGGUAACAUCGAGAAGUUCGACAUGCUCUUCCACAAAAGCGGGCCGCAAGUGGGGCAGCCGCGCGGCUACGCCUUUGUCACGUACAAAACUACAAAGGAAUCCGCCAUAGCAUUGGAGAAACUGAACGGGAAACUAAUUGGAAGCAAACACGUAGUAGUGCGUUUGGCGAAAAACAUUAACUACGACGAGCUGGAGCGCCCUAAACCCAAAAUAGAGAUACCGGUGUUAGCAGCCGGUGCAUCCAAAGAUCGAAAGAUUAGCAAAGAAGUCGCAAUUCAAGCGAUCGAAGCGAAACUGAAAAUGCUUGAGAACAAAAGCGACGAUUUCGAGAUCAACAAAACUUCUGCCACGGAAAUUCCGCUGAUACAAAAGUACCAAUACAACAAAAUGGGUGGUGGUGGUAGUACGGAUCCAUCUAGCAAGCAGCAAACAAGUUCACGAUAUCAUUAUACGAAAUCGAGGCAGUCUAGUCGGCCGUACAAUAAAACUCAAAGACACAGUAGGCGGUAGAUUCGGAUGUAGUGCGUAGCAUUGUUUUUAAGGAAUAUUGGAUAUAACAAAAAUUUCGAAGACGUUCUUCCUUCGAAAGAUUUUAAAAUAUCUUUUUGAUGAGUGUUUACACUCUUAACGCGAUGAGAUAAUAAUUUUUAACUUGUUACUUUUUAAAAACCGCAAUGAAGAUUUUGUCGAGCAAUGCCGGGGACUUAUCUAGUUUAGGACUUUGUCGUUUAAAUAAUUUACUUUAACCUCAACUGUACUGUAUUAUGAAAAUAACUGUUUAGUAGCUAUUUAUUAUGAUAUCCUUUACUAUUGAAUAAUAAGAUGAACGAAUUUA